GAGCUCACAGGACAACAACACACUUUUAUAGGAUUGAGCUUUUUUUGCAUGAGGAGCAUUUCGAGCCAUGCAGGAAAUGAGUACUGACUCAUGGUAAUGACUUCCUGUUGUUUGCAAAGUACGCUUCAUGGUGGAGCUCUUCUCCAUCAUCAUGUGGCAUCAAGGCAUGAGGCUCCUAAUUCCACACACUCCUCAAAGUGGCCAUUUCAGCAUCAAAAGGGCAUGCUGCAUGGCUAAUGUGAGCGAAAGGUGUGAGAUUUCUCGUCAGUCCACUCCGGGGGCUCUUUAUUGGGCCUCUAGAAAGCCGUCUGAUCCUCGGGCCUGGCUGUAUAUUGGCAGCUGUUAACAGCACAGAACAGGGGGAUCCGUGCAGUCAAAGCAAAUGGCCAAAGACUGACACCUGGGAGCUGGAAGGAACAUCAGUGGCCAAGGUGGCUGCUGGGCAGACGCGUUGAGGUCGCCUUCUGUAUCCGACUGACUGCAAGCAGCAGGGGCCUCUCCAGUCCAAACCGGAGCUGACCCAGUCACUUGUGAGACACUGAGCACCUCCUGUUGGCUCCUCCAUAUAUCCAUAUAUACUGGAAACGCACACUCAUCAACAUAAGUCAUUCUACUGUUAAGAAACGGGGCCCUCACUCAUCAAUGUGCCGCUUCAAAGCCUGGGAAUGGCCGUCUUGACCCCACCCACUGCAGGAGCCCCCUUAAAAGUCAUGGUCGUCCCAAAGCCAGGGACUGAAGGACGUUCACUUGGAUUCUUUACACAAGAAGAAGACUGGAUAUCACCACCUGGAUUCCUUAUUGGAUUUUUAUAUGCUUUUGAAUCUUAAGCAUGCAGUCCAUCAGAGACUUAAAGACCAACUUCAGUGGCCCUCCGUCCUCCACCAUGGCUCCUGGUGGUGAUGCUUACCUCCAGGGUAACAUCCGCAUGACUUUGGAGGACCCCAACCUGUGGAGGACUUUUCACGAAAUCGGAACAGAGAUGAUCAUCACCAAACCUGGCAGGAGGAUGUUUCCGCACUGCAAAGUGAAUCUCUCUGGUCUAAUCCCAUGUGCCAAGUACAUUUUACUGGUGGACAUGGUUCCAGAGGACGGCUUUAGAUAUAAGUGGAAUAAAGAGAAAUGGGAGGUGGCGGGAAAAGCGGAGCCUCAGCCUCCCUGCAGGACUUACCUGCAUCCUGACUCUCCUGCUCCGGGGAGCCACUGGAUGAAGCAGUCCAUCUCGUUCCUCAAGCUCAAGCUCACCAACAAUACGCUCGACCAGCACGGCCAUAUUAUUUUGCACUCAAUGCAUCGCUACCACCCUCGCUUCCACAUUGUUCAGGCCGAUGACCUGUUCAGCGUCCGCUGGGGCGUUUUCCAGACCUUCACCUUCCCGGAGACAUCCUUCACAGCCGUCACCGCCUACCAGAACACAAAGAUCACCAAACUGAAGAUCGAUCACAACCCGUUCGCCAAAGGUUUCCGUGAUGAAGGCACAACGAAGAAAAGGCGUGCAAGCAAGAACCCGGGUGGUCUGGAGAAGCAAGCCAAGAUCUCAGAAAUGACCAGAGACUCUGAGGAGGACAGUCCACCAGAAUUCUGCCGCUCCUCUUUUGAGGGUUACGAGGGAGAUGAAGGAGAGCUGCAAAAGAGGAAGGAGGAGGAUGAGAUCAAGGAGGAGCGCUACUCCCCCUGGUCUGCAGAGCGGGAGCACGGCAUGAGGAACGGAUCGCCUCCUACUGCUGAUUCUCAGGACCUUUACAGCACAGAGCAGCUGGUUCCUGCUCCAGCAUCCUACCAGCCUUACAGGUUCCAUGAGUAUGGAAAGUCCCCCUCCCCGUCCUCCAGUGUUGGCAGCAGUACCAGUGGAUCAGGGCGCAGCAAUUUUGAGUCCAGGGUCCCCGAUGUUGCCACCGUCCCCGAACAUGACUCGUCAAAGCCCCGCACUCAUGAGGUCACCCCCUCCCCCUGCAUCCCCCAGGACUACCCCGGGGUGCUCAACAUGAGCAUGGCCCAAGCUGGCAAGCCUGGCGUGAUUGGCCACCACAUCUACAACCACUACAGCGCCGAGCAGCCCCUGGCUCAGUGGAGCAGUUCUGGUCCUGCCCAGUACCCGCCUCCUCACCACCUGACCGCCGACUACACCACGCAGGCAGUGCACCACGGCUAUCACCAUGGCAACGUGGCCGAGUGGAGCCAGUACCCGCUGUUCUCGUAUUCUUGCUGGUGAGGGCAUCCGAGUGACGUCCUCCAUGCCGCUGCUCCUUCACGUUACCACAGUGUUGCGCUUGAAGCCACCAGACACGCGGCGUGCACCUUUCGAGACCCGCCAUGAGAACACCACACCUGCUGAUAGACUCGCUAUGACGACUAAAGUGUGCAAUGCCAUACUGCGGAAGUGUUUUAUUGUUGAGUUGUCUAUUUAUUUUGUAUUUCAUUCCAUUCUCAAGUGAAUAUAUUAUUUUUGUAAAAAAAAACAAAACAUAAAACAUAAG